UCUUACAUGUAUCUCCUUUUUCCUACCCUUUUUGCCGACUAGCACGAAAGAGUUGCCAAACCGCCAAUGGAGAGGUUCUCUCCACACACAAUACACCACCGACUGACUCUUAUAUGGCGGCGCCUGCAAACAAUUUGAACCUUUCCAUUUCUUCCAUCGUUCCGUUUAUAUAUGAAACAAGUCACUUAUAGGGUUGUGAGAUUGAAGGGGUAUUAUUUUUUCAUGCAGAAACGAGGGAUCAUCUAAUUAAACCAGCUUUCAUCAGGGUGUGGGUGAUUUAUUGUAAGCUUUUUCUUAUUAUCUUCGAUUGUGUUUACACGUGUGUGUUAAAGGUGGCGAAUCCUAAAGAGAAGGGAAAUGAGGUUGAUGACAAUAAGGAAUUGAUAUUAUUCCAUGAAGGGAUAAUGAACAACCCUACAUUGUCAAGGCUAUUUCCGGGUUUGAAUAGGGAGAGGGAGAUGUCUGCUAUGGUCUCAGCUUUGACCCACGUGGUCUCCGGAGAGGUGCCAAUAACCGGUGAUUCUUCUUCUUCUUCUUCUUUGGUUCUUCAUCAUCAACCUCAUGAUGAUACUGUUAUUGUUACACCAACCAUGCCUUCUUCUUCUUCUUCAUCUACUUAUGUUGUUGGCACCUCUUCUCUCAAGAGAAGUAGGGAAAAUGAUACAUAUACAUCAUCCUUAUUCUCACAUCCACCUUCAUCAUCCCCUGCUAUGCCAACAAGGGCAGAAUAUGCAACAAGGGAAAUGGGAAAUUCUGUGUACGAAUACAGAACAACAACAGAGAAUGCAACAAGGGAUGAAGGAAGGAGAAAAUACAGAGGGGUGAGGCAGAGGCCGUGGGGGAAAUGGGCAGCAGAGAUAAGAGACCCAUUCAAAGCGGCAAGAGUAUGGUUAGGAACAUUUGACACAGCAGAGGCAGCAGCUAGAGCAUACGAUGAAGCUGCUCUUCGUUUCAGAGGCAACAAAGCCAAACUCAAUUUUCCUGAGAAUGUCACUCUCCGACAACCUCAAUUCACUGUUUCCAAUUCUCCAUCUUCUCUUGUAUCUAUUACAACAUCAACAGACCCAGUUGUUCACAGUACUCGACCUCUUCUUCUUCCUUCUCAGGCUUCAACUGCGACCAAUGUUUACGAGUAUUUUCAACUCUCGGGCUUCCCCACCAACACCAACCUUUAUGAUGGUAAUAGGAUGUUUGUGACGUCUAAUGCCAUGGCUUCUCAUCAUCUUCAAUCUUCGUCUUCGUUGUUGUCGUCUUCUUCUUCUGCGUUUGUUUCUUCUGUAACUUCUCAGGACACUUCACUUUCUUCGUUGUAUUCUGGCCAGUUGCCACCAUGGUCAAAGGUUUCUGGUCACAGCUCGUCUUCCUCCGGAUGAUCCUUUUUGUUUAAUGUUUAUGGAAUCUGUAUUUUUCUUCUUUCACUAUCAUAAUCUCUUCAUUUUUUUUUUUUAAAAACAUUAUACUUCUAUUAUCUGUAAUUGCAAGACUAGCUUGCCAAUACGUACAUUCAUGAUUCAUGACUUUAGAUGAUUAAGAUGUUUAUGGAGGAAAUUAUGGUAUUAAAACCUUCACAAUGCAGAAACUGUUUAGUCUUU